UGAUGGCACGGGUGAGGAACAAUAUUAGGGUAUAUCGAUCUUCAAAACAAGUGGUCGGUUUUUGAUGCAAGGUGAAUAUAAGGAAUUGAGUGUAUUAGAGCAUAUGCAAGCUCACUUUUAUGUGCUUAAAAAUUGUGAAGAUGUUAAUCCGUGGGUUGAAGAACACAUGGAUGAGCUCCUGAGACAAAGUUCUAGGAAUGUAGAGAAGAGACACCAAGAGCAAUUCGCCACUUGGUUUGAAAAGCGUGUUACUCAAUUACGCAAGGAAAAUGAUGAACGUGCACAUGAUCAAUUGUUUUCAUUGGCUCGAGGACCAGAUAGACGUGUUACAUUUUAUAAAGGAUAUAUCACGAAGGGGUUUAGAUUCCAUACAAAAGAACGUGAGUUGUCCUUAAAAACCCAAAACAGUGGUGUUAUUGUCAAAGGUGAUGAACUCACAGGUAGUGUUGAUUACUAUGGUGUCAUAAAGGAUAUCAUUGAACUUGAAUAUUUUGGAGAAAAUAGAGUUGUGCUAUACAGGUGUGAUUGGUUUGAUGUUCCACCACAAGGUAGGAAUCAAACUAGGGGAUACAAUAAAGAUGACUUUGGAUUUAUCACUCUUGAUAUGACUCGUAUUUGCUAUCAAAAUGAGCCUUUUGUUCUAGCGAGUCAAGCUGAUCAAGUAUAUUAUGUGAAAGGAAUAAAAAACUCGAGUUGGCAUACUGUGGUUAAGGUAAAACCUCGAAAUUUGUAUGAUGUGCCUGAAUUAGAGAAGUGAUGGCAAGACAACAACGUUGAGACACUCUAUGAGCCAUACCAACAUAAUGAAUUGGCAAGCACAAUGUAUAUUUCAAGUUGUUCUACUGCCUUUACUGAAGACGUGAUUGAUUUGCAAAGAAAUGAUAUGGAGGGAUCAAGCAUCAUGACAAAUACUUUAAGUGGACAAGAAGAUGGUGAUGAAAGUGAUUAUGAUACUGACUCUUCAAGUAAUGAUGUUGAGAUUGCUACAAUGGAUGAUGAGUAAGAGAAGAGUGGUGGGAAAAUUAUUUGGGUCUGAUCAUGUGUGUAAAAGAAGCUUUGGAUCACCUUUGAAAACUUCUAUUGUAAAAAGUCAGAAGAGUGCUAGGCUUUUAAAUAAGAGAGAGUGCUGCAAAUUUUUUGUUAUAGACUUAUGACAUUUUUCUGUGAAGAAAUAUUGGUAUUGUAAAUUUGGC